GCGCUCUCUCUCUCUCUCUCUCAGGGCUUGAGCGAUAAACGUGAGCACGACAUUCUUCUGUUAAAGAAAGAGGUAAGAACUUCGCCACUCCCUUCUUUUUUGCUCAAAAUCAGUAGAUCUAUUCUCUGGUUUAGUUUUCAGAUCUCUGGUUUUUCUGCUCUUUUCAUGGCCUAACCAUGCUCCAUCACUCUCCAUUUUGAUACACAUCUGUGAAAUCAAUCCAAGUUGCUUUUUAGGUUUUUGGGUCUUCUUUAUCUUCGAAUUUAUCAUCUGGAUCUGAUAAUUGAGGCCCCCAAUCUCUUUCUCAGAGAUUCAUUCUGGUUUUUCUGAGAUGGGUUUUGUAACUUCUGUUGGGUCAUGGGUUUUGUGUCUCUGUUUAUUGGUUUGUAUCUCUGAGGCUUUCUAUUUACCUGGAAGUUAUCCCCACAAAUACCUCAAAGGGGGUGAGCUAUGGGUUAAGGUGAAUUCUCUCACCUCCGUUGAAACAGAGCUUCCUUAUAGUUAUUAUAGCCUUCCUUUCUGCAAGCCUCUUGAUGGGAUCAAGGACAGUGCAGAGAAUCUUGGGGAGCUUUUAAUGGGGGACCGAAUCGAGAAUUCCCCAUAUCGAUUCAAGAUGAACACCAAUGAAUCUGAUAUCUUUCUCUGUGCUACCAAUCCUUUGUCAAAAGAUGAUGUGAAGCUUUUGAAGAAAAGGAUUGAUGAGCUUUAUCAGGUAAAUCUCAUUCUUGAGAACCUCCCUGCUAUUCGAUAUGCACAGAGAGAUGGGUUUAAUGUAAGAUGGACUGGUUACCCAGUUGGGUACCAGUACCACAAUGUGCAUUACUUGUUUAACCACCUGAAAUUGAAAGUCUUGAUUCAUAAGUAUGAAGAUCCCAGUGUGGCCAGGGUUAUGGGCACUGGAGAUGCAGUGGAGAUGAUACCUAAUUCUCAAAAGAAUGGAGAUUCAGUUCCUGGUUUCAUGGUUGUUGGGUUCGAAGUGGUUCCUUGUAGCUGUCAACAUGUUGGAGAUUCAGCCAAGAAUUUGAAGACUUAUGAUAAGUUUUCUUCUCCGAUCAAUUGUGACCCUGCAACUCUCUCUGUUGCUCUCAAGGAAGGUCAGCCUGUAAUCUUCUCUUAUGAGGUUUCCUUUGUGGAGAGCGAUAUAAAGUGGCCUUCGAGAUGGGAUGCUUAUUUGAAAAUGGAGGGGGCGAGAGUCCAUUGGUUCUCGAUCCUCAAUUCUCUAAUGGUGGUAGCAUUUUUAGCAGGAAUUGUGCUUGUUAUCUUUUUACGGACAGUUCGUCGAGAUCUAACCAGGUAUGAAGAGCUUGAUAAGGAGGCUCAAGCCCAAAUGAACGAGGAGCUAAGUGGUUGGAAGCUUGUAGUGGGAGAUGUCUUUAGAGCCCCACCUCAUCCUAACCUCCUCUGUGUAAUGGUGGGUAAUGGGGUUCAAAUUUUGGGAAUGGGGGUUGUUACCAUACUCUUUGCUGCAUUUGGUUUCAUGUCUCCAGCCUCGAGAGGAACUCUCAUCACUGGUAUGCUAUUUUUCUAUAUGGUUCUUGGUGUAGCAGCUGGUUAUGUAGCUGUUAGACUUUGGAGGACCAUCAAUAGUGGGGAUCACAAGGGUUGGUUAUCUGUUUCUUGGAGAGUGGCUUGUUUCUUUCCUGGUAUUGCCUUUCUUAUUCUCACUACUCUGAAUUUCCUCUUAUGGGGUAGUCAUAGCACCGGUGCAAUUCCCUUCUCACUAUUUGUUGUGUUGAUUUUGCUCUGGUUUUGCAUCUCUGUUCCUCUGACUUUAGUCGGGGGAUAUUUUGGAGCAAGAGCUGCCCCAAUUGAGUACCCAGUUAGGACUAAUCAGAUCCCAAGAGAGAUCCCACCCCAAAAAUACCCCUCUUGGCUAUUGGUUUUAGGGGCUGGGACCCUUCCUUUUGGAACCCUCUUCAUCGAGCUCUUCUUCAUUAUGUCAAGCCUGUGGCUUGGCCAUGUCUACUAUGUGUUUGGGUUCCUUCUAAUUGUUUUGGUCCUUCUUGUGGUGGUUUGUGCUGAGGUUUCUCUGGUCUUGACCUAUAUGCACCUUUGUGUGGAGGAUUGGCAAUGGUGGUGGAAGGCCUUUUUCUCUUCUGGUUCAGUUGCUAUCUAUAUCUUUUUGUAUUCAGUCAAUUACCUGGUUUUUGAUCUCCACAGUUUGAGUGGCCCCGUUUCAGCAGCCCUAUAUCUGGGUUACUCUCUUUUCAUGACUUUAGCUGUUAUGUUGGCAACUGGAACUGUUGGGUUCUUAUCAUCUUUCUGGUUCGUGCAUUACUUAUUCUCCUCUGUCAAGCUUGAUUGAUUCAAAACUUUGAGGAGGCUCUGAGAAAUAUUCAUCGAAGAACCAGCAUCAUUUACUGGGUCUCUUUGUUGUGAGAAGUAGGAUAUCUUUCUUUCAUUUCAUGUUUUCCUUCACUAUAUCAUUCUAUGUUGUUUUCUUAGAUUUAUUUUCUUAGAGUUUGAAGAACCAGACUUGGUUAGAGUAUUUUGUAAUUUUUUUCAUAUAUGUUCCAUGAAUCAGCUUGUUAUGGCUAUUGGGCCAUAGAUGCUUUGACAUUCCAUUGAUGGCAAUAGAGUUGAAUAUUUUUUGUACUA